AUGUCCUCAAAACAGGCGAACCGCUUGAAUAGCAUGCUCGCCCUCAUUUUCUUGAUCCAAAGCACCCUCGCUGGACCUUGUGAUAUCUAUUCUUCAGGCGGAACACCUUGCGUCGCUGCCCACAGCACCACUCGUGCCCUUUACGACUCAUACACUGGCGUGCUCUAUCAAAUAUCCCGUGGCUCAGAUGGCGCUACAACAGACAUCUCACCUCUAACUGCAGGAGAUGUUGCUAAUGCCUCGGCUCAAGAUGCUUUUUGCGCCAGCACAACUUGCUUGAUUACUAUUAUCUAUGACCAGUCCGGUCAAGGUAACCACCUCACCCAGGCACCCCCUGGAGGUGCCGCCACUGGCCCAGAAGCCAAUGGCUACGACUAUCUGGCCAGCGCUAUCGGUGCACCGGUGAUGCUGAAUAGUGAUAAGGCGUACGGAGUCUUUAUUUCACCCACAAAUGGUUAUCGGGUCGAUGAUGCUACUGGCAUAGCCACGGGUGACGAGCCGGAGGGGUUAUACGCUGUAUUGGAUGGCACUCAUUACAACACGGCUUGCUGUUUUGACUACGGUAACGCCGAAGUCAGUAACACAGAUACAGGUAAUGGCCAUAUGGAGGCUAUUUACUUUGGAGCCGAUACCAGAACUGGCAGUGGUGAUGGCCCUGGCCCUUGGAUUAUGGCUGACCUUGAGAAUGGUCUUUUCUCUGGCUACACAGCUGGUAACAACAAUGCCGAUAUUACCAUGUCUUCUCGAUUUGUCACAGCAACACUCAAGGGAGAGGCAGAUCAGUGGGCGAUACGUGGCGGAGACGCUACGUCUGGAUCAUUGACAACUCUCUACAGUGGCAUACGGCCAGCCAACGGCUACAAUCCUAUGAGUAAGGAGGGUGCCAUUAUCCUCGGAAUUGGUGGUGAUAACAGUGAUGGAGCCCAGGGCACGUUCUAUGAAGGCGUUAUGACUAGUGGGUAUCCAUCUGAUGACGUUGAAAACGAAGUACAAGCCAAUAUCGUUGCUGCUGGCUAUGCAAUCACCUCCUUGAUUAGUGGUCCAGGCUUAACUGUCGGUUCUUCUGUUUCGCUACGAGCAACAACAGCAUGCUGUACAACAAAUUAUGUUUCCCAUUCUGGGUCGACCGUAGAACUCCAGGUGGUGAAUUCGUCUAGUACGACUGCUCUUCAGCAGCAAGCUAGCUGGACAGUUUGUACAGGUCUUGGUAACAGUGGUUGUUAUUCAUUCGAGUCAGUUGAUACUCCUGGGAGCUAUAUACGCCACUCCAACAAUCAACUCCAGCUCAAUGCCAAUGAUGGAACGAAGCUGUUUAGUGAAGAUGCCACAUUUUGUCCGCAGGCCGGUCUCAAUAGUCAGGGAAAUUCUAUACGAUCAUGGAGCUAUCCAGGUCGCUUUUGGCGCCAUUACGGUGGAGUCCUCUAUAUUGCGGCCAAUGGCGGUCCCAAUACCUUUGACAGUACCACAUUGUACAAUGAUGAUGUGAGCUUUGUAAUCAGCACUGGUUUUGCUUAG